GGCAACAUUUUUAUAAGAGAUGGCCUCCAUACUUGGCCUCCACAACUCUGGGUGGCCUCCAUACUUGGGCACGCCAAGAGGGGAACCCAAAACCUGGGGCACCGGUGUUUCAAAAUGUGGCUGCACACGACUAGCUUGAAGCCAGGGUUCGACUUCACCUCUCGACGCUGUGCUGUAGCCACUAGGCCGCCCUGCCUCCCUGGCCCGGCUAUUUACUCAAUGUGAACGAAGCAUUUCAAGAAGGUUCCGUCUCAACCUGAUCGGAUCGGCCCGUUCCUUUUCGUUUCCAGCUGUAUUGUAUUGGUUGGGCCCGUGUCAAUAACAGAAUGCCACGGUUUAAACAGUCCGGCGGGAGUCCAAGCGAGCGGCUACAGCCCCCACCCUAGAAUGGGCCAGUCGACCCGAACCACAAGCCGGGUUUCGAAAACAGUUUUUCACUGGAACAUUCAACUUUGUUUUGUUCCGAUUCAGAGCCAAACCGAAUUUUGCGCGGCCAGAAAUUUCCGAGGAAGGGAAAUCCCGGGAUGUGACCAGCAUAGGGACCCCGGCUGCUCUGCAGCCACCUGGGGACCCCUUCCACAGAGCUCAAGCCGGCUCCCGGGGUCCACCCUGCUGGAAUGUCGCUGUCAUCCAGCCCUUAUCACCCCGGCCAGCUCUGCGCCGGGACUGCCAAGUUUGGCGCUCUCCCCUUGUUCUGCUCCUAAUUUAGCUACCUAGGUGAUAAGCAGCAGUAUAUAGUGGAGCCCAGCCACCGCCUCGCUGCGGAGGAGCUGCGGAGCUGACACAGCAGGAUGGCCAGCCGGAAAGCCGGGACACGAAGCAAAGCUGCCGCCAAGCGCGCCCAGAGGGGCUCCUCCAACGUCUUCUCCAUGUUUGAGCAGUCUCAGAUCCAGGAGUUCAAGGAGGCAUUCAGCUGCAUCGACCAGAACCGUGAUGGCAUUAUCACAAAAUCAGACCUGAAGGAGACCUAUUCCCAGCUUGGGAAAUUGAACAUGAAGGAUGAGGAGCUGGAUGAGAUGUUGAAGGAGGGGAAGGGCCCCAUCAACUUCACCGUCUUCCUCGCACUCUUCGGGGAGAAGCUGAAUGGCACCGACCCGGAGGAAUCCAUCCUCAACGCUUUCAAACUCUUCGACCCCAACGGAACCGGCCAUGUGAACAAGGACGAGUUUAAGCAGCUCCUGCUGACCCAGGCAGACAAGUUCACCCCGGAGGAGGUGGAGCAGAUGUUCGCGGUGACGCCCAUUGACGUGGCGGGAAAUAUCGAUUACAAAUCCCUCUGUUACAUCAUCACCCACGGCGACGAGAAGGAGGACUGAUGGGUGAUGCGGACAAUCGGCAUGUGCCCCACGCCUAGCGCCAUUGAAAUAAAAGCCCAA